GCAGUUGAGAAACAGUUCACACAGCGACUUUAACGUGUCGAGAACGCAGCCAGAAAAGAAGCGAGCGAGAGCAGAGCACAAUUUCGCCGCGUUUUCAAAAGUGAAGCGAAACGAGCAACUGUAACUGUAAACUCGCAAGCAACAGCGAAAUUAAAAAAAAAAAAACACUAAAAUAUAAAUAAACUCAACAAAAUUUAUUCAAAACGAAAAGACUUGCAACAAGAAUUUUUUUUGCGUGUAUCUUGAGUGCAAAAGAAAGAAAAGCGUGAAAAGCAGCGGCACUGCCAGCUAGCUAGCGUUUACCACAAAUCGAACGUUGUUUUUUUUUUUUUUUUGCUUUGGUGAAGUGCAACAAGGAUUACAAAACCCAACUCGGAUUACAAACAGCAGCAACGGCGACAAUUUUUUUUUGAGCACGUAAAAUAUAAACACACCCACACACACACACACACACACACACACAUUUGGAAAAUGCAUUUGCCCGCUGGACCCACACUGGUGGCCAAUACGGCCGCCCACACGCAAGUCCUGGCCGCAGCGGCAGCAGCGGCGGCAGCGGCGGCGGCUGCCACGAAUGUUAGCCAAGGCAACAUAAGCACACACUCGGCCAGCAGCACGGGCAGCUCCACGCCGGACAACAACAGCAGCAGCAACAACAACAAUAACAGCAGCAACAGCAGCAGCAGCAACAACAACAACAACAACUCCAAUUCAAACGCGGCGAAUUUGGCAAAAAUGCCAAGCUCCAUGACAGACAUGUUCGCCAGCCUGCACGAGAUGCUGCAGGAAUAUCACGGCGAAUUGGCGCAAACCGGCUCGCCGUCGAUCCUGUGCAGCGCGCUGCCCAAUCACUGGCGCUCCAACAAAUCGCUGCCGGGCGCCUUCAAGGUGAUCGCCCUGGACGAUGUGCCCGAUGGCACCCUCGUCUCGAUCAAGUGCGGCAACGAUGAGAACUAUUGCGGCGAGCUGCGCAACUGCACCACCACGAUGAAGAAUCAGGUGGCCAAGUUCAAUGAUCUGCGCUUCGUGGGCCGCUCCGGUCGCGGCAAGUCCUUUACGCUGACCAUCACCAUUGCCACCUAUCCGGUCCAGAUAGCCAGCUACAGCAAGGCCAUCAAAGUAACGGUCGACGGGCCGCGGGAGCCAAGAAGUAAGCAAAGCUAUGGCUAUCCACAUCCCGGCGCCUUCAAUCCGUUCAUGCUGAAUCCGGCGUGGCUGGACGCCGCCUAUAUGACCUACGGCUAUGCGGACUAUUUCCGCCAUCAGCAGGCGGCCGCCGCUGCAGUGCAUCAUCCGGCGCUAUCCAAGGCAGCCACCUCGCCCAAUGGCAGCGCCAGCGGCGUCGUCUCGCCCGGAACUGCGGCUGCUGGAGCCGCUGUGCCCGCCGCCGCUGCCGCCGAUUAUCCGCCGCCGCCUUCGUCUGUGGGCGUGGGUGUGGGCGCCGUGGCGCCCGGUUCCAUGAUGCCCUCGCCGCCGGGCGGCCCGCCAGCGUCGGCUUAUGCCAUGCCGCAGUUCCCGUUCAACCAUGUGGCCGCCGCUGCUGCGGCAGCCGCACAUCAGAAUCAAAAAUCCACGCCGCACGCAUUUCAUCCGUAUAAUUUUGCGGCCGCGGCGGGCUUGCGGGCGCGCAAUGCGGCCGCCGCUGCACUGCAUCAUGGCGGCCUGAGCGCCGCGGAAGCGGCGCACAUGAGUCCCGCCUCGUCACGUCCAUCGAGCUCCUCGCCAACGCCAACGCCCACGUCCAUGCCCCAUGUGCUGCUCAAGCUGAACACCUCGAUCGAGACGAGCUCCAUACACGAACAAUCCGCCUCGGAUGCGGACUCCGACGACGAGCAGAUCGAUGUGGUCAAAUCCGAAUACGAGCUGGACAAGUCCAUCGAUUCCACGCGCAGCUCACCCACCCAGCAGAUCUCUGUGCCGCUCCGUAUGCGCUGCGAUCUCAAAGCUCCCUCCGCCCUGAAGCCGCUCUACCACGAGACGGCGUCCGCGGCGGCGGCAGUGGCUGCGCCUCGCCAGGCUUCGCCGGAGACAACGCUGCCGGCGGCAACAAAGCUGAAGAAUGCCGUCGUGCAGCAGAAGACUGUCUGGCGGCCUUACUGAGCAGCACACGCACACACACGCGCACUGAGCACACACACACACACACACACACACACACACAGAGUGAUAUGGAGCAGCAAGCAGGCAGAAAGCAGGCGCAGAGCGGCAGCAACAUUGUGAUAUAGUCAUAUAAGUUAGACACGUCCACAGCAGAGCACAGCACAAAAAAGAAGAAGAACACACACGACUCCGGCCGGCAAACGGAGCGGAGCAGGAAUAAGAGGAGGAGGAGACGGAGGCGGGGGCGGGACAGAAGGCGCAGGAGGACUGCCAGGAGCUGGGCUAAAGGAUAUACGCAUGCUUGGUUUUGGGGCAAGGCAAGGGCCGUGCGGCGAGCUCACUCGAAGUUUUAUGCUCGAUUCAUAAAAUCGUGCGUUGAGUUCGUUACGCACACACACACACACGCACACACACACACAGACACACACACUCCAAUCCCCCUGGAAGAAAAGUAUAUGCCAAAAAGCCCUCCUGGAUUUUCGCUCGAUCGCCACGCGGCGAACGUCAAGGAAACUAUUUAGACCUAAACGCCUCGCCCCCCCACACGCCCAUCCCUCCCUCAACCAAAACACAAAACCAAAAAAAACUUUAGUUCAAUUUUAUGAUUUCCCUCUUUUUUUUUAACAAACACACACACACACAUAUAUUUAUAUAUAUACAUUUUUUUUUUUAAUUUUUAUUUCUCUUCAAACAAAACUUUGUCUUCGUAGGGUAAACGCAAAAGAAGUUCCCAUAAAAUCUCGUAGUUUACUAAAUCAAACAAUUUUCAUUUUUCUUGUAAAUAGCGUGAGUUAAAUAUCACACACACACACACACACACACAUAUAUAUAUAUACUAUAUAUAUCGAGAUUUUUUUUUUUUUUUUUUAACAUUCGAAUUUAGCUAUUGAUAAUGUUUAA